CCUAAAAGUCCAAAGAACUAUCAACCUUGUGUCAGCGGCGUGACGGCCAUGUGUUAUAGGUUGAUGGAUAUACGGUAUGUUUUUUUUUGUUUCUUUGCACCCCUAUUCUUCUUCCUCGUUCUAUUUUUAUCCACCAAGACACUGUUGAACGUUUUUUUGAUUGAUGAAAUUUAUAGUCAGGUCAUUCCGCAGGUGUGUAGAGAUUGCGACAUCAUCCCUGUAAUGUAUGAGGAGACUCAAGGGGUACCGCCUGCGAAGGAAGAAGGGAUAAGAUUCCCGCCUCGUCAACUUGAGAAAAGAGAUGUUGAGAUGGAGAUGGAGGCUGAUGUGGAGAUGGACAUGAACCACGAUCCCAAUGGAAAAUGUCAUGUCAGAAAGGAACUUCCCAAGUGUCAGAAGAAGAUCAAGAAAGGGUAUGUUUUGUCUUCCCACUUCCUCCUCCUAACCAAAUAUUCCAGAAGUGGUGGGAUAUGAAUGGCUGACUUUGUGAUUGAAAUAGAAAAUUCCCUUUGCCUGCUUAUUGUAGGGAUUGCAGGUUCACGCCUGAUGGGAGGAGGUUGCCCAAGCCUUGUCGUGUGGAUCCGGAGAACUACAACAAAUGUGAGGGUAUCGAGGAGCUUCCUGAUGAGAGUGAAUAUGAUAGUGACUAGAUGAGGGUCAUUUAUGCGACUACAUAUCUCGUUUCGCUUUUUCAUGAGUUCUGCUCUUGGCUUGGUCCAGGCAGAGUGGUAAUAUUGCUGGGGGUUCAUGGGCAGGACAUAUCCCUGAUGCGUUAUGGGAACUGUGGCAUGAAGCGUGCGGAGAUUGGGGACUGAAGAAUGGAUGCGGAGGUUGAUAUAAUGAUAGGCGGUAGUUGAUGUUGCGAUAUUUCUCUGUAUCAAUCGAAGCCUCCGUCGAUAUAUCAAGACGGUGCUGAAUAUGAUGGUAUUGAGAUAGCAACUACAAUUCGAG